UUUGACUUACUUGUCAAUGGAGGUGGCAUCGUUCAGCUUGAGUUCAUUCGUUACCCCACCAACCGAUUUACUGCUAUGCUUGUGCUUCACGUGCCUGCUAAUGAAUUUGUCAACCUGGGUGACUUCUAUCUACUCGAUCAGCAACAAUUUUCAAAAACUCAACAUAUAUUUAAUCCAGAACUAAAGUAUUCUGAAGCCAAUCUGUCUAUCGAUACUGCUCGACUGGCCGCAUCCGUCACUGGUUUUGCGCCUUCAGGUGGUCUUUUAGUUCAAUCACCUAUUCACUCUGAUCUCUGGGUCUCAGACCAAUACGUCUUCAUCAAGUUACUCCAGUCUACAUCUGCCGUUGGUGGUUCUUUGGCUUUGCCAUCAUCGUUGGUGACACCAGCUUCCUCCAGAGAUCACUUUCAUAUUUUUAAACCUCCUACAGUCCAUAAAGACUCACUUUCCUGUCCCCCUGACUUGCAUGGUCUGACAGUACGUGACGGCCCUUUGGUUGAAGAUACCAACAUCAGGCUAGUCUAUCGCUCGAGUCGCGUGGCUACUUAUCGAUCCUCUUUACACAUUCGCAUACUUAGUCCUGAAUUCACAGUCCCACUUGAGCUGACUGAGAUCCACUUAAUUGUUGAUGUUGCCGGUCAGCGCCGCACAUGGCGCCUGGAGCCAGACCCUGGGUUAGAACACACUUUCUUCUGGAAUCGACUGGAUGGAUAUAACCGUACCGUCUACGGAGUAGUAAAUGCUCGCGGUGAGUUGUGA